AUGUUCGACGAUAUUCAGGAAGGCAACCUAGACGCUAUUGAGCGUCUUUCUGCUUUACUAUUUACUAAGGGACACCUUUCUCCGAUCAAUGUAUCUGCUAUAGUUGAUAGCACUAUUACUAAUGGUUUGGAAGCGAUAUUUGCCAAUUUUGAUCUUCUACUACAUUGGCUUGUGUUUGUUGUUUUCCCAGCCGACUGGCCAGGAGAUGAUUCUUUUGAAGACGAAAAAGCCAACUCUCUUCUUGCCAAAGGUCUGUUUUUGUAUAUUAACUUAUCUCAUACACUAUGA